AUUUGUCUCUUUUUCUUUUUCGUUUCGAACAGAUACAUAUUCAUAUAUACACUCAUAUAUAUCAUGUCAACUAUAGGCAACGAGCAAGAUUAUAUCAAUGAUUAUUUGAAAGAAUUAUCCACCAAAUCUGUUCGUUAUGGACAAGAUUAUUUGGCUCGCACUCUACCUUCUUCUUUACGUAUCAAGCGUCAACCUAUAAAGAAGCAAACAGCAUCCAUUUCAACUCCUACUGACACAACCCAAUCAACAACAGCCAAUACAAAAGAGACAGGCGACGCACUUGAACUAGUGAUUAAGACAUUAAAACCAGCUUCCCAGUUCCGUAUUACUCGUUUGUCCUUGGACGACACUGUAUUGAAUCUAAAGCAACGUAUCUAUCAACAAAAGACUAUCCCAGCUAAACAACAACGACUUUUACUAAAGGGCAAAGUGUUGAACGACGACAAGACGUUACGUGAUUAUCAAUUGACAAAGGACGCUACAUUACAUCUUAUGAUCAAUAAAGCUACUUCCUCAACCGCUCCUGUCACUUCAGCUCCAUCUUCUUCUUCUCAAACUACCUUAUCUUCUCAAGCACAAACUACUGUCAAGUCGGAGGCAUUUUGGAAAUCUUUGGAACAAACAUUGGAAGGGAAAUUGGAUGCUGCUGAUGCUCAAUUGGUGUUGGAAACUUGGAAAAAGGCAUUGUCUUCUUGAUGUUAGAAUAUAUCAUUAUUAUUAUUGUCUCUUAUUAGGAUAGUAUUAGUGCUAUUGGAAGAGUAUUCGCAGUAGAUACUGUGAAUUAUUUUCGAACGAAGAAUAAAUUUUUUUUUUUUUAUCUAUUACA